GUGUAUCGUUCCUGGUGAGGAAGUUGUCCGUUCAAAACAAACGUUAGCACGCCGCUGGAAGAUUUUUUUUGCAACUUUCAAUGAGUUUUUCUUUCGUUUAAAUCGUAGACGUGUCGUAAAUACCAGCCACCAUCCUGCGUAUCCAUGGAGACGCCAGAGCCGGGCCCAGCAGAUGGAGAGGAGCGUCUGGUGGAGCUGCGACCUCGGACACGCUCCAACCCUGAGGGUGCCGAGGACCGUCGCAGCAGCACCGGCAGCCUCGGAGGCAACAGCAACCCAAACAUACCCCAGCCCGCCGUGGGGAGUCGCGUGGAGGGAGAGGGCGAGGCCUCGACCAGCGACAGCCCUCCGAGCUCCACCACCACGACCGUGUCAGCAGCCACAGCUCAGACUGUAGCCCCCGCUGCUGCCGCAGGUGUUGCGGCUGCAGCCAGCACCUCAGUGCCGCUGUCCACUGUUGCUGUGGCGGCCAAAGAGCGGCCGAAGCCCACACAGCAGCAGCCUGCACUCACAGCAUCCGUCCCUCCACCAGCAGAGUACCAGCUCAGAGUUCCUCGUGUCAACUGCCCAGAGAAAGUGAUUAUCUGCUUAGAUCUUUCUGAAGAGAUGUCUUUGCCGAAGUUGGAGUCUUUUAAUGGAUCUAAAACAAAUGCUUUGAACAUAUCCCAGAAGAUGAUUGAGAUGUUUGUCAGAACAAAGCACAAGAUUGACAAACGGCAUGAGUUUGCUCUGGUUGUCGUCAACGAUGAUGCCCUGUGGCUGUCGGGCUUCACCUCUGAUCCCAGGGAGUUGUGCAGCUGUUUGUAUGACCUGGAGACCAAUGUGUGCGAGUCCUUCAACCUGGAAGAUCUCCUGAAUGUCAUUCGUCAGAAGAUCGACUUGCCCUCAAUGGAGAAUGUUCAGACCGUCCCACCUCCGUAUGUGGUCCGGACCGUACUCAUCUACAGCCGUCAUACAGGCCAGCUGCAGUUCAACCCUUCUGAGGCUGUUAGUAAGAUGCUGCAGUCUCCAUAUUUUUUCUUCGAUGUCGUCUACUUACACAACGGAGUAGACGAGCAGGGGGAUGAGACCAGCUGGAGGGACAACUACACCUCUUUCUGUAACCUGGACUCAAAGGGCAUGUGCUAUCGCUUUGAGGUGUCCCUCAGUGGACCUGCCAUUGAGCUGCACAACUGCAUGGCCAAACUUCUGGCUCAUCCUCUACAAAGACCUUUUCAAAGUCAUGCAUCGUACAGCCUGCUGGAGGGGGACGACCCCCAGGACAUUGAAGCAACGGUCUAAAAGAAGAUGCCCUUAAAAAGCUCCGCUCCUCUGUGAAGUCCACGCACACUGUAGUUUAUCAGAAAAGGGGCGGGGCUCUCCUCAAGUAGACAUUCUUACUGUGUUUUUCCAUUAACUGCUGUAGAGCAAAAGAUCAACGAUAUUUGGGAACACCAGGCGUCGUUCCAAAGAAAAAGAGGGUUAAAGUAAGUUACUAACCGCGCAGCCUUUGUGUUUCCAGAAGAGAGCAGAUGAGUCAGUGAUUAUUCGAAGCUGGGGGGGUAACACAAUGACCCAGCUGUGGCGGGAAAUUCGCUGAAGAAAGGCACAACGCUUUGCUACCCGUACUCCAUUAUCUGUAUUUUUUUCCUUCAACCUGUAGACCACACUGAUCUGUCUGUAAGUCUUAAAGGAGGAAAUCAAACAAACUACGAUACCUGUGACACGUCUCCAUAGCGACAAAGUAUUGAACUUUAAUGUACUGUAUCACAGACUUACAGCUUAUAUAAUAAUAACGCCUUUUUCUUUCGGUUAUCUUCCACCUUCGUUGCCUGUUUUGAUGUAUUUUCUAUUUUCUGAGGGGUUGUUUUUGUGUCAUUUUUGCGUUAUGUUUCACAGACAAUGGAAGAAUGUAGUGAUGUCAAUUGCCUGAUUUGUUUUUUUCCUCGACAGUGGCGUUGAUGGUUUGACUGUAAAAAAAAAAAGGCCCCUUGUACUGCUAGUCUAACUGCACUUGAAACACGUUGUACAGAUGAGCUUUUUGAAGCUGUUUCUGUUUAUUAAAAAAGGCAUGUUCAAUCGUACCUUUAA